AUGGGCUCCAGGGACCCCUACUACAUUGUGAAGGAUGAAGUCGGCGAGACGCUGCGCGGCGUGCAAGCCAAGUUCGGCAAGUGGCAGAACAUGCCACGCAUGAGCGCGGAGAAGAAGGCGCUGCAGCAGGAGCUGGAGGAGGACUGCCAGAGCCUAGAGUACAUGGUUGCCGAGAUUGACAAGUCCAUCGAUGCAGCAGAGCGCAACCCGCAGCGCUUCAACCUGUCGCAAGCCGAGCUCAGCGACCGGCGCAAGUGGGUGAUGAGCACGCGGCGGCAAAUGAGCAGCAUGUCCAGCGGCCUCUCGGCUCCAGCCAGCGGCGGCGGCGGCCAGGCCACGCCCACCACCGCGUCGGGGAGGCUGGCAGCGGCGGUGCAGGAGGAGAAUGACCGAUUCAUCCACUCAGAGGGCGACCGGCAGCAGCUCAUGAUGCAGCGGCAGGACGAGGACUUAGAUCACUUGAGCCACCACGUGCUGCGGAUAGGGGAGCUGGGCAAGGAGAUGGGGCAGGAACUGCAUGUACAGGGCCAGCUGCUGGAUGAGCUGGAUCAAGAGGUGGAGGGGACGUCCACGCGGAUUGCAGCAGCGCAGAAGAAGGUCGAGUAUGUGCUGCAAAAGGCGGGGUCCAAGGGACAACUGGCGAUCAUUGGCUUCCUCAUCCUUGUGCUCAUCAUCCUCAUCUUCCUUGUGGUCUCCUGA